CCCAACUUCUGGAUCGAACACUUCGAUGAAUUGCGGGAGAAGGGGGCGUUCCCGGGACGCAUAUAGUGCUUCUAUAUACACCUCUAACGUGUACCUAGUCCGCCUUUGUUAUCGAUAUUGUUUUCGAAGUUUUUCAUUGGUUUUUGCUGUUAUUUAUUUAUUUAUGAAAUGUAUAAACUAGUGCGCAUUGAUACAGAGGAGCCUAGUGAAAUCCAGCUUCCGGCAGGAACGUAUUUAAUCGGUAGAGAUAAAUUAAUUGGAUUUGACGACAAACGACUAUCUUACAAUCAGGGUCUCAUAAUCGUUAAAGAGGACAGCGUUACUAUCGAAUCGGCACAGCGAAAAAUUUACCUAACUAAAAAAGGUUCCAAAGAAAAAGAUAUAUUAAACAAAACUUUCAAAACAACAUUAGACUUUGGUGAUCAAUUUGGGUUCUUAGAAAACUCCUUUUGGUUUGAGUUGCAAAGUAAUGAACCUAUUCAAAGAGCACUAAAGGAAAUCAAUGUAAAUACUUCAGACAACUCACUGCAGUUCACCAAAGAAUCAGUAGUUCCUACGAGUCCUUUAGAUGAUGAAAAGCCGAGAAAGAGAAAAGGAUGGGAGAAUCCUGUGAAGAGGAAUACAAAGAAGAGAAGGAAGGAGGAAUCAGAGGAUGAGGUGUCUGAUGAACAGACUAGUCAGGAGGUUGAGAGUGAUGAAUUGAAUGGUUCUGUGGGAGACGAGAACAGUAGACCUUCUUCAAAGCGUGAACGCUGUGAAUAUGGAGGAAAUUGUUACAGUCUGCGUGCACUUCGCCCCAACCCAGCUCACAAAGCGCACCUAGCGAAGUACUCACACCCGCGCGACAACGACUGGGGCACGAAGAAGAUAUGUCCACAAGGCAUUCGGUGCGAAAUUCGGGAUGCGAAACACUUUAAGAACUACAAGCACCCGCCAGAAUAUAUCAGGUUUAGGAAACAUCGGCCUGGUCAAAAUACGUCUGACUCAGAUUCUGACAGCAGCCAAGAAUACCGCAGUGAUCGCUUGCUAAGAGCCAAGCGGGAAAGAAAACCUCCGCUGAAGGAAGAUUUAGAGUUAGAAGACUUGGAGGGCUCAGAAUCUGAAGAAGACCCUUUCGCGAGCGAUGGUAGUGAGGACUGGACUCCUGAACCAUAGACAAGAUUGCUUACUUUUUUUUAAUGAUUAUGUGCCAGACAGGAAUGGAUUAUGUUUUUGUGAUUGCAUUUUACUUUUAAAUAGGUUUUUUAAAUUUUUAUGGAUAAUAAAACAUGUGAUAUUU